GCGAUUUUUCAAUGCAAUCGAUUUGUUUUGUUUUUGUGUGAAUGAAUUUUAAUGUUUGUUCAAUCUGGUGAAUUUUAAUUGAAACAAAAAAUAAUUUCCUUUUCCAAUCUUUAAACUUGAUGGAUCCGGAAGUUUUAUUUGAAAAUGAUUCGGAUAUUAUGAAAUCGGCACCUCGGAUUAAGCUGAAAAAAACAAAAAAACAUUAUCGUCGAAAAAAACCGACAUUAAAAAAGGCGGCAACAACAGCCGUUUUACCGUUUAAAAAACUUCAGCUAUCCAUAUUUAAUAGCCGAUUUAUACCGAUUGAACCUAAUCCGGACAAUGCAUAUCAAUUCUUACCAAAACAACCAAUGGAUUUUGAUACAUUCGAAAAACAUAUGAAUGAAAUACGUAAAUAUGAAUGCUUGAUUAAAAUCGAAUUCGAGGCAUCAUCACGUAAUGAAAUUUACACCAAACAUGGUACUCGACAUGCACAUAAAUCUAAAAAUGAAUUGAAAAAUACAUAUCCGAAUCGUGUUCCAUAUGAUUUUAAUCGUGUAGUAUUGUCCAAAGAUCCAUUGGAUGAAGAAGAUUCGGAUUAUAUUAAUGCAUCAUAUGUAGAUAGUAUUUUGAAACCGAACGCUUAUAUCGCAGCGCAAGGUCCAAAUGAAUAUACGAUUUCGGAUUUUUGGAGAUUAAUAUGGGAACAACAAUCAUUUUUGAUUGUCAUGUUAACCAAAGUAUUUGAUUUUAUACGAGUUGAAUGUUGCCAAUAUUGGCCAAUGGAAGAACAUAAACCUGAAAUGUAUGGUCUUAUUGAGGUGAUAUUGUUGAGUGAAGAACAGCUUGCUGAUUUUGUUAUUCGUACAAUGCGAAUACGAAAACCUGGACAAUUAGUGAGACGAAAAGUAAAAAAAACACGAUUAGUACCUCGUAAUCUACAUAAAGAAGUUAAUGAUCAAAAAUUGGAAAUGUUAGACGAAGAUGAACAGGAACAAGAAGCAGCAAAUGAAUCGACAGAUCGAUUUCGUGAAUCAAAACGAUCUCGACUUUCUGCGAGCACUCGGGCAACACAAGAAUCAAUACUAUCGCAUAGUACAAACAAAAAUUCAUUAACAACAGGUAGUGUAAAAACUAAAUCGAAAAAAGCCUCUUUCACAACAGCAACUGUUUAUGAUGAAAUCGAAUACGAAGAAGAGAUUGAAGAGGAUGAUGUACGAAUCAUCUAUCAGCUUCAUUACAACAGUUGGUCUUCGCAUACAUGUCCAUUUCCAAAUUCGAUUCUUCAGUUUCGUCGUCGUGUACGAAUCUAUCAACAGGAAGUAAUCAAAGAUGAAGGCGAUAGAGUUGGACCAACAAUUGUCCACUGUAGCAAUGGUUGUGGUAGAACUGGUGCUUUUCUUUGCAUCGAUUCAAAUCUAGAAUUGGCCGAAGAGGAUGGCCUAUAUGAUGUAUUUGGAUAUACCAAACGACUCAAACAUGCAAGACGUGGAUUGAUUGAAAAUCGAGAUCAGUAUAAAUUUGUUUAUGAAACCUUAGAGGAAGCACAUAUCUGUGGUAAAACAUGGUUCCCGGUGAAUGAUUUAGCUACACAAAUUAAACUUAAAUCUCAAAAAUGUACAAUGACUGGAUUGAAUCAAUAUCAAGUGGAAUACAGAAAAAUACAAAAAAUGACCAAAUUGCCGACCAUUGGUGAUUGUGCUGGUGGACAUCGUGUUGAAAAUCGGGAAAAAAAUCGUGAUGUAUCUACAGUACCACCUGACAAUUUUCGUCCAUAUUUGACGUCAUUUCAAAGCAAUGAUAAUACCGAUUAUAUCAAUGCUGUUUUUGUUGAUGGUUAUACACGAUCAAAGGAAUAUAUUAUAACAGAAUGGCCAUUAAAACGUACCAUACAGGAUAUAUGGUCAUUAAUCUAUGAUCAUGAAUGUAAUUCAGUGAUUAUAUUGGAUAAUCCAAACAUGCCAAAUGAAUAUCCAUUUUUUUGGCCAUUAGAACGAUAUAAGAAACAAAAAUAUGGCCCAGUAUUUAGUGUUGAAAUGGUUUCAAGUGCUCAUUAUCCGAAAAUCAAAACAUGGAUUUUUAAGAUAAAUAAAAAAGUAGUAUCAUUAACCGAAUUAAUGGCAGGUGUAAAAGCCGAACCAAAAACUACACAAUUCUUUCAGAUUACCUGUUGGCCAUUAGAUCAUAAAGUGCCAACAUCAACCAAUGCCUUAGUAGAAUUGAUGAAUAUGGUUGAACGAUGGCGUCAACGAACUAAUUAUGGUCCAGUAAUUGUUGUUUCAUAUAAUGGAAAAUCACGAGCCGGUGUAUAUUGUGCUGCCAAUUUUGCAAUGGAACAAGUCGUUCAACAUAAUGAAGUGGACAUUUUUAAUGCUGUGCGUACUGUACGUCGACAUCGACCACAUUUAGUUGAAAAUAUGACUGAAUAUAAAUAUUGUUACGAUCUUCUAUUCCACUAUGUAACCCAUUAUCUUAACAAAGAUAAAGAUGGAAAUUGAGAACACAGAAUUAACCCCUAUAUAUUCAAAGUCCAUUUGUACCCGAAUAAUUUUUAUGGUUGAAUAA